UCUCUCUCUCUCUCUCUCUCUCUAAAAGCUUAUCUCAUCCACUCUCUUUGACCUGGUAAUCCAUUCUCUCUCACGAUGGGUUCUCUGGCAAAUCCAUUCUCUCUCACGAUGGGUUCUCUGGCAGGCAUUUUGGAUGAUGACUUUGUAGAAGAAAUCCUACUCAACUUGCAUGUCCCUUGUAUCUUGGGUCUCAAGAGUGUCUCAAGAUCUUGGAAUGAACUCUUAUCCUGUGCCAUCUUCCUCCCAUUGUCCCACCACGAAAAAUCUCUAAUUUUCACCAUCUCCCUGAAACAUGAUAGCAUCAUGCAACUUCAUGACCUCUCCCAUAAUGAAAUAUGCUCUUCUUGGAUGCCUAGAAAUCGGACAUGAGGGUGGGAUGUAGGACAGGUAUGGGUGUCAACCCUACCUGUCAAUCCGGGUUUUGGCAGGCCAAUCCGCCUGCCUUCUUGCUGUUCCCGGCUCCUCAGCAUACUAUUUCGGAUUGUAUUUCGACCCCCAGCAUCGCAAAUUCAGGGUUUUGACUACACAGUAUCGAAUGUUGGCAUGGAAGCCCAUUCCGGAAUACUAGCUGUUUGACUCAUCGAUUGGACAGUGGAGGCGAAAGCAUGCCAAAAAAACCUCUAAUCUUUGGCAUGAAGAAUCUCAUAUCGAUUGGCCAUACAUGCUAUCACUAUAGAGAUCGACAUGGUGAGAGAGUGCACAGUCGGAGCUUCAAAGUGGGCCAUACUUCUCUUGUGGCUGUAGGGAUUGAUCUAAAGUUGGGUUUAAAAAAUUGAGGACAGAGUGGGAGGAGAUAAUCAACGUACAUCUGCCCGAGUUGGGGUUCGAAUAUGAUAGUGAAAAUGUGCUGAAGAAAAGUGAGACCCUCUCCCAGUGCUUGUAUGUGGAGGCCACAUUUUUAUGAGUUAUGCAUUCAGCAGUGGGAGGCUGCAUAUGCCUUUUUUCCAAGUGAUAGAGAUUGUAUGGUGAGUAUAUAUGCUAAACCCACCCUGUCUUCUUUGGAUUUUUAUGGUGGUGGGAGAGGAAUGGGGAAAUGUGGUAAGAAGAAGGGUCUCUCUCAACCAAGCCUACGGCGGGCAAGAAAAAGAAGACCUCAAAACUCCGUGCAAUAUAACUCUCCCAUGACAACAACAUGGUUUGGUGGUCCCCAAGACAUCUUGAAUGGGGUUGUUGAGUUUGUUGAGAGACUUGUCUUGAUUCGGUUGCUUUUUAUGUUCCAUUAAUCUUUGUCUAUUACACUUGUAACUAUUUUAUUAAAUACUUUUUUGAUGUCUCUUGGGUUGGUUAUUAAAUACUUUUAUGCUCCAUUAUAUUUGCCUAAAUGCAUGUCUGUAUGUUCCAUUAUAUAAUGUAUGCUCCAUUAUAUUUACCUAAAUGCAUGUCUGUAAUUGAUAUUUCUCUUUCUCUCUCUCAUACCAAUUCGCGUUUGACGCUGAACUUCAACAAUUAAAACGAGGCUAAAGUUUGUUGGCACACGAGCAAAAAAGGGGUGUUACUGCUCUCUCCUUCCCUCUCUAGAACUUGAGCGCAGUUUGCGGGAACUCGUCAAGGAAUUUGUCCUCAGAAGCUGCCAAAAAACGCUCACAUCGAGCUGAUAAUUGCCAGCAAUCUCAGGUGUUGGGCAUUCUGGAUUUUUGUGGGCAUUGCCACAUCAGAGUUUGAUGAGUGCCAGUGAUAAGGAUAGCAUACUUCAUGGUCUUGAUGAAAUUGAAAGACAAAUUGAAGCAGGGGAGUUUGUUUGGAGAGCAGAUAGAGAGGAUGUUCACAUGAUAAGGCAGCUUCAGAAAGUUGGAGAAUUGUAAUGGACCACAGUAUAGAAGUAGGACCUGUAACUACUGCCAAUCCUUCCAUGACAAAGGAACAUGAUGAAGCGAACAAUGCGUUGGUAUGUUCUGGGAACUCAUCUAGAUGUGCUCAAAUCCGACUUGUGGCUUCAGACCCAGAGGUCUAUGAACCUUGUGAUGACUCAUUCGCAUUGGUUGAUGCCCUUCUAGCAGAGAGAGCAAACCUUGUGGAGUUCAAGCCAAAUUUGUGCAUGGAGAUUGGUUGUGGGAGUGGUUAUGUUAUCACAUCCCUAGCCAUCAUGCUUGCUAGUCAAGGGAGAACGGGGGUUCAUUAUAUGGCCACUGACCUCAAUGAGGUUGCAGCUCAAGUAACCUGUAAGACCCUUGAAGCGCACGGUGUGCAUGCCGAGAUAGUGUGCACCGACAUCGCAUCCGGUUUGGAUAGGCGGUUGGUGGGGAUGGUGGACGUGAUGGUGGUGAACCCUCCUUACGUCCCGACUCCUGAGGAAGAGGUUGGGUGUCAUGGAAUAGCCGCCUCUUGGGCAGGAGGGGAGCAUGGACGAAGAGUCAUAGACCGCAUAUUGUUGGUGGUCCAACACCUGUUGUCGAUCCGAGGUUGGUUCUAUUUGGUUACCCUUACUGCUAACAACCCUCUAGAGAUUUGCCUCAUGAUGAGAGAAAAGGGCUAUGAAUCUCGGAUAAUUGUGCAAAGGUCGACAGAAGAGGAGAGCCUGCACGUGCUCAAGUUUUGGCGCUCCAAGGAUUCACCCCCACAAAGGGAGUCCAAUACUGCUAAUGCUUCCUCCGACUCAUCCUACUUUACUCUCCCUCGUUGGGCAUUCUGGAGGGGUAGAUGAAGGCAGAUGCUAUUUCCAACCUUUCUGAAGAUUUGAUCAUAGUUCUCCUUGGCGACUUGCUGCUAAUUCGAUCUUUGCUUCUAAUAUUAUUUUUUUCCCUCUACUCAAAACGUGAUAGGUUUAAGGUCGUCUUCACAUUAUGUUUAGGGCUUACUCAUUUGAAUUAACAUGUCUUGAAUUAUAUUAUUUGCGAACUCUUGUGCUAGCUUUUGUCCACCAUGUGAUUUUGAUGGGGGGCAAUGUGGGCUCACUGAUGUUUCAAUCUGGAAUAUAUUAAGAGGGCAUUACAU